GGAGCCGAGCGCAGCCGCGCCGGGCGGAGCGGGGCCGGGCCGGGCCGGGCCGUGGUGUGCGGGGGGGAGCGCAGCGGGGCCGGGCCGGGCCGGGCGGAGCCGAGCGGGGCGCAGCGCCCGCAGCGCGCAGGAGCCGCGGAGCGCAGCCAUGAGCCGACGCGUGGUGCGCCAGAGCAAGUUCCGGCACGUGUUUGGGCAGCCGGUGAAGGCCGACCAGAUGUACGAGGACAUCCGCGUCUCCAAGGUGACGUGUGACAGCUCCUUCUGCGCCGUCAACCCCAAGUUCGUGGCCAUCAUCGUGGAGUCUGGUGGCGGGGGGGCCUUCAUCGUCCUGCCCCUUGCCAAGACGGGACGGGUGGACAAGAACCACCCGCUGGUGACGGGGCACACGGCGCCCGUGCUGGACAUCGACUGGUGCCCCCAUAACGACAACGUCAUCGCCAGCGCCUCGGAGGACACCACCGUCAUGGUGUGGCAGAUCCCUGACUACGUCCCCAUGCGCAACAUCACGGAGCCGGUGGUGACGCUGGAGGGACACUCCAAGCGGGUGAGCAUCAUCUCGUGGCAUCCCACCGCCCGCAACGUGCUGCUCAGCGCAGGCUGCGACAACCUGGUGAUCCUGUGGAACGUGGGCACGGGGGAGAUGCUGCUGGCGCUGGAUGACAUGCACACCGACCUCAUCUACAACGUGGGCUGGAACCGCAACGGCAGCCUCCUGGUCACCACCUGCAAGGACAAGAAGGUCCGAAUCAUUGACCCCCGCAAGCAGCAGGUUGUGGCGGAGAAAGACAAACCCCACGACGGCGUCCGCCCCAUCCGCGCCAUCUUCAUGGCCGAUGGCAAGAUCUUCACCACCGGCUUCAGCAAGAUGAGCGAGCGGCAGCUGGCCCUCUGGGACCUGGAGAGGUUUGCCCCCCACGAAGGGCUGAGGCCCGUGCGGGCCAUCUUCACGCGGGAAGGACACAUCUUUACCACGGGCUUUACCAGAAUGAGCCAGCGGGAGCUGGGCUUGUGGGACCCGAACAACUUCGAGGAGCCCAUCGCCCUGCAGGAGAUGGACACAAGCAACGGGGUCCUGCUGCCCUUCUAUGACGCUGACUCCAGCAUCGUCUACCUCUGUGGCAAGGGUGACAGCAGCAUCCGGUACUUUGAGAUCACGGAUGAGGCGCCCUAUGUGCACUACCUGAACACCUACAGCAGCAAGGAGCCGCAGCGGGGCAUGGGCUUCAUGCCCAAGCGUGGGCUGGAUGUCAGCAAGUGUGAGAUCGCCAGGUUCUUCAAGCUGCAUGAGCGCAAGUGCGAGCCCAUCGUCAUGACGGUGCCGCGCAAGUCAGACCUCUUCCAGGAUGACCUGUAUCCCGACACGCCGGGCCCGGAGCCGGCACUGGAGGCGGAUGAGUGGCUGUCCGGGAAGGAUGCGGAGCCCAUCCUCAUCUCGCUGCGGGAUGGGUACGUCCCCAUCAAGAACCGGGAGCUGAAGGUGGUCAAGAAGAACAUCCUGGACAACAAACCCCCCCCCGGCCCCCGCCGCAGCCACUCCGGUUGUGACCCCAACGUCUCUCAGCCAGCCCUGCAGGAGGUGCUGGAGGAGAUCCGUGCCCUCAAGGAGACGGUCCAAGCGCACGAGAAGCGCAUCUCCGACCUGGAGAACAAACUCUGCCAGUUCACCAACGGCACGGACUGAGGCGGCGGCCACGGCCAGGACUGCCCCGGCCCCCCCGGGGAUUAAAGCCGAGUCCCCGCAGAGGGCAGGAGCCCA